CAAAUUUCAGAUUUUUUGUUGCAGUUGGUUCCUUCCAUUUCAACAACAAAAAUUAAACAGAGCUUCGUCCGAAAUUGGCGCCGGAAUUACGUUGCGACAUGUGGAAGCUGAUAUUGCUCAUUUCUCUUGGGUUCCCUAUUGUCAAUUCCAUUGGCGAAGGAUCGUUCCACGUCAGCGGUCGCUUGAUGUGCGGUGGGAAGCCAUACGCCAAUGAAAGUGUUUCCAUCUAUGAGAAAAACUACAUGUUAACCGAUAUUCUGAUGGAAUCACUUUUUACUGAUGAAGAUGGAAACUUCUCUGUUAAAACUUUUGGAAAAGACUGGCCCCACUUCACACCUUAUCUCUACGCGCCAAAUUAUUGUAAACCAGUUGAUAACUUUGUCUUUGCGGACAGAGAAUGCACAGACUCGGCUUUGCAAAUCUUGAUUCCAACAGAAUUUGUUUCCCCAACACGUACUCCAACCAAGAUUUUCGACAUUGGUGAAAUAGACAUGUCGGCUGAUGAAGUCAAAUACGAAAACGUUGGAUUGGGAUCUGUCGGAGGAGGAUUUCUUGUAAAUGACAAGAGAUGCAAGUAUAGAAACUCAACGAGUACCUGACUACAAUCGUAAUAGACUUGAUUCAAUUUUAAAUACAAGAUAUUUGACAUACAACUAUUAUUUUUUGAAUAAAAAUGAACUGUAGUACCUAUAACUAUUAUAUUAAACAACUCGUUUUUCAUAAAACUGUUUUUUCCGC